CCGUAAUUUUCAUAGAAUGAUGGAAAAACGAAUGUGUCGAGCAAAACAAAAACUAAACAUCAAAACAUGAUCAAUUUAGUGAUGUGACAAGCUGCCAAAUUGAGUUUUAUUUAUCACCCUUAUCAGUCAAGGUUUUCCAGGAUGAAAACUUAUUUUGUUCCGCGAGUAAAUCAGCUCGACUCUAUUCAACUUGACAACGAAAUAGUGAACGUUAUCAAAGAGCAAAUUCACAAUGUCCUGCGGAAUCUACCGCCCGGUCUACUGAGCAGUUUUCAACCGGAAAUUAACAUUAUAGUUAGCUCCGUACUAUGGAACUAUUCGAUCCGAAAGUCCUUCGCUAGUUUCGGCCAGCAAAUGUUGUCCAUCACUUACGAGCAGGACCAGCUUGGAGCGAAUAAACUAAAAGCUCACUACGCGCUUACCGUGGCUUUAGACUACCUGAAGGAGAUGGCCCAGUACCGGCUCACCGGGUGGACAAUACUACAGCGGAUCGUCAGCUGGUCGGAAAACUGCCUAACCCUGCUGAAGCUGCUUAAUUUCUUCCGCUUUCUGCGUAGCGGACGAAAGCCAUCACUGGUGGACUACAUUCUGCGGUUGGACCACCGUUCGAUCGAUGGAGCUAAACGUCGAACCAUCGGCUAUUCCUACAUGACUCGCGAGUUGAUCUGGGCAGGGUUUAUGGAGCUGCUGGGUUUUACAAUACCAAUCAUCAAUUAUCACGCACUGAAACGAAGACUUAGGAAUUUGCUCAAGCUGGAAGCGGGCCCACAAGCAGUUCGGAAGAUUCAACUGGACGUGAACAGUAAAUGCGUGUACUGCAAUGAGCGGGUUACGCUACCGCAUCACAUGGGAUGUGGUCACGUGUUUUGCUAUUACUGCUUGAAGGGUAAUUUGUUAGCGGAUGAAGGCUUUCAAUGCAACGUUUGUGAUUUUAAAAGUGGAACUUUUGAAAAAGUUAUUGCGGGAUAGAAAAUGUUGAGGUGUAGGGACCUGCUAUUAUUGUCUGUUAUGAAACAUUUCUGUUAUUCUUCUAAA